UUCAGCUUUGCUUCCCUAAUUUUUCUCAGAUGUUAACUUGCGUGAAUUGUAAUGUAGGUGGGUUUUGGAGAAAAUGGAGGGCCGGAUUGAGACGCAGGUGCAGUGUGCGAGGGAGGAGGGGUCUGGGCAAUUUGGGUGCCUGCAUUACAGAAGGAGAUGCAAGAUCGUAGCGCCUUGUUGUGAUGAGGUUUUCGACUGUAGGCAUUGCCAUAACGAGUCCAAGAACUCGUUGGCUAUUGAACCGGUGAAUCGGCAUGACGUUCCUCGCCAUGAUCUCAAGAGGGUCAUCUGUUCAUUGUGCAACACGGAACAAGAUGUUCAACAGUACUGUAGCCAAUGUGGGGUUUGCAUGGGAAACUACUUUUGCCCCAAAUGCAAUUUUUUUGACGAUGAUGUGUCGAAAAAGCAGUAUCAUUGUGACCAAUGCGGUAUCUGCAGAACCGGAGGUGCAGAGAACUUUUUUCAUUGCGACAGAUGUGGAUGCUGUUACUCAACAAUGCUGAAGGAUUCACACAAUUGUGUGGAAAAAGCAAUGCAUCAUAAUUGUGCCGUGUGCUUUGAGUUUCUUUUCGAUACAAUGGCAGACAUUACUGUCUUACCAUGUGGGCACACUAUACAUUUGGAAUGUGUGAAAGAGAUGGAGCGGCAUUUCCAGUAUUCUUGCCCAGUUUGCUCAAAAUCGUACUGUGAUAUGUCACGUGUUUGGGCUAAACUGGACGAAGAGAUUGCUGCAACUCCAAUGCCUCCAAUGUAUGACAAUAAGAUGGUCUGGAUCCUUUGCAAUGAUUGUGGGCAAUCCUCAGAGGUAAAUUUUCACUUUGUGGCACACAAAUGUGUCAAAUGCAAAUCAUACAAUACGAGGCAGACCCAAGGAGGGCCAGCGUCAUGCUCAUCAAGGGUUUCACAGAUGGUGAGAUGAAUGACUUGCAGGUCAUUACCUUAUGUUGUAUCACUUCCCAAAUUGGGUUGGUUAGGGUCACAAAAGGCAGCCUUUAGUUUAUAAGUAAGGCUGCAGUAUUAGUUAGCGCUUACUAGUUACUAGUCCCUCAUUCAUUGCAUACUAGUUUCCCUGUAGGUUCACUGGUUAAAUAUUUGCUUGUAUUUGAGCAAUAUUCUACAUGCCAGUGGAAAGGGACAAGGUUUGCAUUCAGUAGAAUGAAAAUAAACUGUAUGACACGCUUCAUCAGAAAUAUAAGCAUGUUCCAAUAAGUAUAGGUUUGCAACUGAUAUUAGAAGUUGAAAAGAUUGAGGUUUGAUAGGUGCAAAAGCUGAAGACGUUCCUUUAGAGAGAGACAUUUUGAAGCCUUGAUCUACUGACUCGUGCA